CCUCAGCCUGAUAUACCACGUGAUCGUUCUUUUCUCACCAGUCGACCGAACCGAGAAGGACAUAUCUCGCCCAAAACUUCAAAAUGCCGCCAACGAAAAAAAACAAGAAGAGUAUCGAGAACAUCAACUCUCGGCUGGCUCUUGUUAUGAAGAGUGGCAAAUAUGUCCUCGGCUACAAACAAACGCUGAAGACACUCCGACAGGGCAAGGCUAAGCUGGUCAUCAUCGCCAACAACACCCCACCCUUAAGGAAGAGCGAGAUAGAGUACUAUGCUAUGUUGGCAAAGACUGGUGUGCACCACUACUCCGGCAACAACAUAGAGUUAGGUACCGCCUGUGGUAAAUACUUCCGUGUCUGCACGCUCAGCAUCACAGACCCAGGUGACUCCGACAUUAUCCGCAACAUGCCAUCAGAACAGCAGCAGUGAAGAGGGACUCUCGAUUUGAUUGUUACAAAAAUGUGAUGAUUAAACUGUGGGUCGAAACUUG